AUGGCCGUCUCCAGGAGCGUCAUCCCGCGCUUCUUGCUGCCACUUCAGAGCCCUCUCUGGCGGGGCCUCGUCGGCGCGCCGCCCUCGCUCGUCACGCAGUCUAUCAACGUGCGCUACUACGCCGCCUCUUCGACAAACGCCGACGGCAAGCCCAUUGUCCUCGAGAAGCCCGCUCGGUUCAAUCCCCCCUCGCACGGCUCUCGCCUCAGGAGCAAGGCACCGCUGCCCCGGCACUACAGCCCACCGCUGAGCGAGGCCGAGGUGCAAGCGCAGAGCCAGCGUAGCUACCCGGGCACAAUGGCACCAAAGGGCUCGUGGCAGCACUGGUUCUGGCACAGCAAGAUGCUGCACACUUGCAUCACCAUGGGCACCCUCCUCGCCAUGGGCAUCUACACCUUCUUCAUGAACUACGCCUACAACUCGCCCUACAAGGAUCUCGUCCCUCCGACGUCGGCGCUCUUCUCCGACCCGGCCUACUUCUUCGCCGCCUGGAAAGAGGUCAUUCUGUCGCACGAAAAGGACAAGGCCCUCAAGGCCGGCGAGCACCGCACCCGCCACCUCGACGACGUCGCCAAGCGCCGCUACUACAUGAAGAUGCACGGCAUCGAGCCCAGAGACCCCGUCGGCAUGGUCUUUGGCAAGGGCGACCAGCGCUCCGACGCCGAGAUUGAGGCCGCGGCGCUGGGCAAAGAGAUGCCGGAGAAGCCGGCCGAGGAGGUGGGGAAGCGCAAGAAGUGGUUUGGCAUCUUUUAA